AUGUGCAUCGCCUUGAUCUCGACUGCGCACCCUUCCUACUCUUUGAUCAUCAUCGACAACCGAGAUGAAUUCCUCCAUCGACCAACAUCCUCGCCCGACUGGUGGCCUGAACCAAACUCACAUGUCCUCGGCUCACGCGACCUGGCCCGAGCCACGCACGGCACCUGGAUGGGUGUGACCAAGCAGGGCAAGGUGGCGGUGCUCACCAACUAUCGUGAAGACAAAGCCAGCGAGGCCGUCGGGGUAUAUAGUCGAGGGGUCAUCGUCAACAGUUGGUUGACAGGGCCUGUGGACAAACAGCAGGCCACCCGCGACUUUGUCCAAGCGCUGGUCGCCAGCCCAGAGGCCAAGCAGGUGGGCGGAUUCAGUCUGGUUUGCGGCCACAUCAACGAGCCACUAGCUAUUGUCUCCAACCGCUCCUCCGAUAUGGACCACAUCACCUGGGUGGCGACGGAGAAGAACCAGACGCGCGGACUCAGCAAUACCAGUCUGGCCGAAGAUCCUGGGGGAGAAAAGUUCAUGCAGGAAGAGAUCGAGAAACAUGUGCGUGAUGGACAGGACGAGGAUGCCCUAAUCAAGCGCUUGCUCGAUGUGCUCAGUAUCGAUACCCUGCCACGACUAGCGGAAGAGAGCGCCAGCAUCGACACGUAUAUUCACCACCUGCGCAAGAGCAUUUUUAUUCCUGUGAUUGGUGCCCCCGAUGAUGCCGAUCACACCGCUGAAGAAAUCGCAGCAGCACGCGUCGAGGACGAGACGAAGACCUCGACCAACGGGGCGUUCGAUCAGACCUACACCAGUGGGGUCUAUGGCACCCAGAAGCAGACGAUCCUUCUGGCUCGGCCCGAUGGGCGAGUGCGAUACUUUGAGCGGACGCUUUACGAUAACCAGGCCAAGGCUGUGCCCAUGGGGCAAGGCGACCGGUCGUUUGAAUUCGACAUCACACAAUAA